AUGAAUCUGACAGAGUUUAAUCAGUCUGAUCGCUGUGAGCAAGUUUCCUGUCCAGAGAGAUCUGUAUCUCCUGCAGUUUAUAUCUUACUGUAUGUGUGUUCAGCUGCUGUGGUUCUGCUAACAGUGUGUGGAAAUUUCCUUGUCAUCAUCUCUGUUUUUCACUUUAAGCAGCUUCACACACCAACCAACAUGCUUGUGCUCUCUUUGGCUGUGUCAGAUUUUCUCGUUGGUGCUGUAGUGAUGCCGUCAAUGUUAAUCUGGACUGUAGAGUCAUGCUGGAUUUUUGGGAGAUUUUUCUGCAUCAUUUUUUUGUUGAUUGGUGGUUUUCUCACAUGCCUCUCUAUUUACAUUAUUGCUCUGAUUGCUGUGGAUCGAUAUCUGGCUCUAUCAAACCCGUUUUUUUACCUACAAACAGUCACUAAGAGGAGAAUGUUAACUGUAAUUAAUUCUAUUUGGUGGUUAUGUCUUCUGUAUAACACAGCACUUUACUAUUUUAAUGGAAGCUUCAUGAAUUCUGUAAUGUGUCCUGGAGAGUGUUUCUUUGUUCUUAAUGUAGUUUGUUCCGUAGUUGACCUUGUCAUAACAUUUAUAAUUCCACUUUCUGUUAUAAUCAUAUUUUACACUUUGGUGUUUGUGAUUGCUAAAAAACAUGCCACUGCUAUCAGAGAGCUUAAUAAUCACACACGACCUAAAACACAGAAAAUCACCUCACACUCAAUGAAAUCUGAGAGAAAAGCAGCUAAAGUCCUCAGCAUUUUAGUGUCUGUAUUUCUGAUGUGUUUACUUCCAUAUUUUAUUUGCAGUUUAUUGGCAGAUGUUAUUGACAUACAGUUAGAAACAAUUCAGAAAUUCAUGGUCAUGCUUUGUCUUAAUUCCAGCAUUAAUCCAGUUAUUUAUGGUCUGUUUUACCCAUGGUUUAGAAGAUGCAUCAAAUUAAUUAUAACCUUGCAAAUAUUCCAAACAGACUCUGAUUUAAUUAAUGUUCUUUCAUAA